AUGGCUGUCUGUCUUUUUUUUUUUUUACUUCAUCCUUUCUUUCUUUCUUACUUGUUCCUUCUUCAUUGCUCUUUUAAAGUUUCUUUCCUUAUUCUUUCAUUUUCCUCAGAUUUUCUUUCCACGUUUUCCCCUCCCCCCCUCAUUAGUUUUUCCCUUCUUCUUCAUCACACUGUUCUUUUUAUUGGCAAUAAGUCUGUUAAUAUCUAUCUAUCUAUCUAUCUAUCUAUCUAUCUAUCUAUCUAUCUAUCUAUCUCACCGGAUCUAUCUAUCUAUCUAUCUAUCUAUCAUAUUAUCUAUCUAUCUAUCUAUCUAUCUAUCUCAGUCUGUUCUAUAUUUAAAUCUGUUACUAUCUAUCAAUAUUUCUAUCUAUCUAUCUAUCUAUUAAUCUAUCUACCUUUGACAUCUAGUUACGUAUCUAUCUAUCUAUCUAAUGAUUUCUAUUGUCAGUUAUCUAUAUUAUCUAUGACCCGAAUUUAUCUUCUCUCUCUCUCUCUCCCUCUCUCUCUCUCUCUCUGUCUCUUUACCCACUAUAUAUCUCUCUCUUUCUCUCUCUCUUUCUCCCUUACACGCGCACAUACACACUCAUAUAGAUAUACUUUCAAUUUCAGCUGGAUAUCUAUCUAUCUAUCUAUCUAUCUAUCUAUCUAUCUAGUUUAUUGUUCCUAUAUCAUUAAUUCCUAUCUAUCUAUCUAUCUAUCUAUCUAUCUAUCUAUCUAUCUAUCUAUCUCACCCUUUUCAAAUCUAUCUAUCUAUCUAUAUAUCUACCUAUCUAGUUUACUGUUCCUAUAUCAGUUAAUUUCUAUCUAUCUAUCUAUCUAUCUAUCUAUCUAUCUAUCUAUCUAUCUAUCUAGUUUACUUUCUGUUCAUAUCUAUCUAUCUAUCUAUCUAUCUAUCUAUCUAUCUAUCUAUCUAUCUAUCUAUCUGUAG